AUGGACGGAAUUUUUGAACCAUCACAACAAAUUAUUGUUGUAUGGCUUAUUUACAAAGCAUUCGAAGAUAUAUCAAUGGCCAUUAACCCACUUAGUUAUGUACUUAGAACAGUAUUUCACUCUAUUCAAACGAAUUCCCCAUUAUUUUCACCAAAACUCGGCGAUAUUAUCGGAGGUAUUUUAUCAUCAAGCGAAAUGGAUGAUAUCGGAGAACAUACUGCCAGUGAAAUUUUAGAAUCAAACUUUUCAAUGGAAUCUUCAAGCACUCCAGAUCUCGUAGGUACUCCUUUGCAGACUCUUACUCGUACUUCCUCAAUUAUUGUAGCAAAAGCCGAUGCAAAAGUACAACAAAUUACGCAACACCAAUUAUUAAAAGAAUUACUCGUUGAGCCAUCUCUUUGGUCAGAUUUUGAAGUUCCUUUCAUGCGAACAAUACCAGAUUUAUCACCAAUUUCAUCAGAUGAGUUACAAUUUUCGACAAUUAUCAGUUUAUCGCAAAAACAAUAUCUAUUUGAUGAAGAACUAUCUAUUAAUAAAUCUACAGCAGCUAAAUCACUGAUGGAUGUAGCUAAAGAGAAGCAAUUAACAGAAUGGCAAGAAGAUUGCGUUAUAGAACAGAUGUCUGAAGAUAAACCCUAUUUUAAUAAUACAAACUAUAAAGUUGAAGAUGCAGAAAGGAUGAUGGAAGUUAAUCCAAGAAUAGGAGGUGUUAUGUUGGCCGAAUUAUCGAGAAAAGACCCGAAAAUUUAUGAUAGAUUUAUUGAUCAGGAUAUAUCUGAAGCUAUUUGUGUUGGUGUCAAGCAUAUUUUAACAAAAAUGACGCCGCCACAAAAUUUCUUAGAAAAAUAUAUUGUUAAACAGGUUGGAUCAUUGACAUCAAUAAAAGAUGUUAAUGUAUUGAAGCCAAAGAUUCGUUUAUUCUGCAAAUUAAUGGUUAAAUUGCAUGAAAAAUCUGUUCAAUUUUCUGCUAAGUCUUUGAUCGAGUUACAAUCACUUCAAGUUGAGCUUUCAUCCAAAAACAUUCCAGAGGUUGAUUCCCUUUCUGGACUUUUUGAAUAA